AUGCGAAAGAAAUUAGAAGAAAGCAGGAUCAAACAGUGUAAAAUGGAAAGCAACAAUAACUAUCAAGUAGGAAAUGCAAAAAGGAGGAUUGUCAGUCAACGAAACAAAAGACAACAUGCAACUGAAAUGAAAGAUUUUAUAAGUUUCCUACCAUUGGAAUUAAUGCUCUGUGUAUUUUCUUUUCUUACUUUGGAGGAAUUAAUUUUAGCAAGCUUAGUUUCAAAGGAGUGGGCACAUCUAGUAAAAAUCUAUUUGUCAGUGGUGCCAUCAAACCUAAAUCUGGAUGAGUUAAAGAUGUCAACUGGAAUUAUUAAUUCACACAGAACUAUCCUUCCACAUGAAUUGGUUAAUAUUUCUCUUAUGACUAGAGUAUCAAUUUCAAAUUCAAUCAUUUCAGGAAAUAAAAAAUUCAAACAGUUUGUAAGUAGAGCUCUAUACCUAUACUCAAGGUGUAAGGUGAAGAAAUUAUUCCUCAAUUUGUGUUAUAACGGGUAUCACAGUAGUCGACAGAUGGUUGAUCAAUGGAUUCAAUUCGUCAUGACGAAUGAAGUUACAGAACUUGAAAUUAACUUUUCGAAUGGAAUACUGAUUGGAUACGAUGUCACGAGUAAGCCUUAUGAAUUUCCAUACAUUCAACCUACAUCAAAGUCAUUAGUAUCUUUAAAGUUAAAUUUAUGUAACUUCUUAAAGUCCAAUUUACAAGCAUUCUGUUAUCUUCAAUGUUUAUUUCUAAAGUUUGUCAAGAUCCUUGAUUUUUCUAUUGAAGAUCUUGCAACCAAAUGUACCAUGUUAAAAGAUUUGACAAUUGCUUGUUGCUUGAUUCCUUUGAACUUCAUGGUUUGUAAGAAAGACAUCAACUUCAGAAGUAUCACAGUUAUUAGGUGCUUCUCAAAAAGAGGUCCCUUAUUUCCAAUUGAUAUAUCAUCGCCAAAAUUAUUGAUGUUUAAUUUGGAGAAUUGCCACCUCAACACAGAAACAAACAUUAAAGCACCAAAUUUAAUAGAAAUGGGGAUUAGAAUAAACAAGCUAUAUACAAAUAGUGGUCAUCGAGAAACUCUAAUAAAGUUGUUGGGUCAUUUCAGUCAAUGUCAAACACUGUUACUCAACACUUGGUGCAUUCAGGUUUUAUCAUAUGAAGUAAAUUUCAUACAGUCUCUUCCAUUUUCAUUUAAAAAUCUCAAGCAUCUGAAACUGCAAUCUGGCUUAGAAAAAGAAGAACUUAUUGGGAUCUCUUACUUAAUGAGAAAAUGCUCAUAUAUGGAAUGUUUAACAUUACACUUCCAUGAAGCAAGACAAAUUUUAUGGGAUGAUUUGGAAGAACAAAAUCAUAUUUUCUUUGAUUUUGAGGACGACCAGUAUUGGCAAACACAGACAUCAACAUUUUACUGUCUAGAGUACUGUCUUAAAGAAGUAUGUGUUUAUUCAGAUUUUGGAAGAAAUUUAGAGAUGCAUAUGCUUCGAUUUCUUUUGGAAAAUGCAAAAGUAUUGGAGAAGAUGUUUCUCUACACUCACCAAAAAAUUAGGGGACAAGAGGUGAAACAACAAUUAUCAAACUCUCAAAAAGCAUCUCCUAUAGCUAAACUAUUUAUUUUUGAUCUUUAA